AUGGAAGGAGGUACCAUCGUGAAGAUAUUUUCUCUUCCAUCUAGUGUGGUAGUUUUCUUCCCUGAUAACUUUGAUAAGACUGUUUUAGAUGAAACAAAAGUUGUUCUUGUUGAGUUCUAUGCACCAUGGUGUGGUCAUUACAAGACUUAUGAAAAUGUUUUCGCAAUAUUCAGUUUGGAGAAGAAAGUAGUCAUAGCUAAUUUCGAUACUGACGAAUACAAGGAUUUGUGGUGGAAAUGGAAACACUACCCAUAUAUACAGAUCACAACACUAUUGUUGAAGGGAAACACAUCUUUCAUCGACUAUUCUGGGCAUUCCAACCAUGCAUUAGAGGCUUUUCAUAUUGCAAGCCUAUACUUCAAAUUGAUGGAACUUGGUUAUAUGGAGACACUGGGCCACGAUAAGGGGAAGCCUAUGGGACAUUAUAAGGUAAACCUAAUAAAUGGUUGGUGUGACUUUGGAAAGUUUCAGGCAUACUGUGUUCUUUGUUCACGUGUUAUCAUUGCAUGUUUUAUGAUGCGCCAAGACAUCUAUGCUCUUUUAUCCGACGUUUACAAGGUCACAAACCUAUUUGGGGUUUACAACACAAGUUUUCCAGUGCUACCAAACGAUGAAUAUUAG